AGAAACACUUAGCCUUGAACUUUUGUUCUGCUGCUGCUUCUUGUGCCUCUGAGUGAGGAUGCGGCAGAGACAAUAGCAAUAGACUCUAACAAUCAGCCGAAGUCUCCACUGGAAAAGUUUAUGGUCAGACUGUGUACACAUCACCAGAAGCAAUUCAUUCGCGUGCUAAACGACAUAUACACUGAAGUACAACCAGACUCUGAGGGCCAGCACUUGUCUGAAUCCGAGAGCAUGGAGGCCUCUACUUGUGGCUCUGGUUGUAGCCAGCGAGGCACUGAAAAUCAGGAUAAGGGUGUUACCUGUACUGAAUUAAAGCCCCCUUCUUCCUCAGACCCAGGACAGUUGGGGUCUGAUGGCCUCCUGCAUGUUACGGGACAAGCCCCGAAACAGCCAGCGGAGCUGAAGUGUCUGGACAGAGCAGAGAGCUCCAGUCCUGCUUUGAGGAGGGACUUCUCCGAGCUCCCCAUCACCAGGCUUCGUUCUGCUAGUCCAAAGGAUAGCUCCACUCAAGGAUACCUCAGCACGUUGAACUCUUCCUCUUUGAAUUUCCACCAUGCCACAAAGAGCCUGGAAGGGCAGCAAGCUGCUGGACACGAGCAAGAGGCCGCUGUAAGAAAGUGUGAGGACAGUAAAGAGCAGCUAGCAGGUAAGACUCUCAUGGAAGGUUAUAUCUCGGUCAAAGUGGCAAAUGUGAACAGCAGCGAGGACAGCUUAGAUAGCUGUCUGGGCUCCCAAAAGAGCUCUUUCAGAGCUCUGCCGGAGGAGCCUUGGGAUCCCGGCUUCGCGGUGCCCCCCGCUCGCAGAGCCGACAAAGAGAACACUUUGCAGUGCGGCUCAAAAGCAUCUUUGCACCAGGACUUAGACGCGAAGGAUCAAGACGCGAGACCAAAGCAAGAAAACCACCUGCACGCCAUGGCCAAGGGCAAGGCGGGCUGCCACCUGCACCAAGCCGACAAGGGCCCUCUCGACAAGUCCAAAGAGGGCUGGCUGCCCGCCGGCACAGCGCCAGCUGCCCACCGGGCCCCCGGCGGGCACCCCCGCGCCAAGGCAGCCGCCCUCAGAGCCACCCGCAAGAGCAAGAAGGCGUCGGGACUGAGGAUCAACGACUACGACAACCAGUGCGAUGUGGUCUACAUCAGCCAGCCCAUCACCGAGUGCCACUUCGAGAGCCAGCGCUCCGUGGUGUCCCGCAAGACGGCGCGGAAGAGCACGCGGGGGUACUACUUCAACGGGGAGUGCUGUGAGCUCCCGACCGUCCGCACGCUGGUCAGGAGCUCGCGGGCGGAGGAGAGGGCGAGCGGCCCGGCACUGCGGCUGGAGACCCCCAGGAGCACUAAACUGCCCCCGGUGCUCUCCGGAGUGGGGUCUGUGGGGACAGGGCGGGAAGGUGAGAAGAGGGUUUCCCUGAGGCUCCUGGCCAAAGGGGCACUGACCAGCCGAGAAGCAAAAGAGCGAUCUGAGCCGGGUUCAGCGCAGCCGCGGGAUACCCGGGCACUGCGGUCGAGGGAAGCUGCCCUGGCCGUGCCCUUCUUCUCCCUCUCCGCUCCACCCAGCCCCCAGAAAGAGGACAGUUUGCCCGGCUCACCGCCCCCCAGCUCCCCUCCUGCUGAAGGAGGGGGGACGAGAGUGGGAGACGCCGUUCCCUGGGAGGCUGGCAGCAGCCUGGGCUCCCCUGGGGCCAGCAGUGGCAGCGGGCAGGCUGCUGAUCCUGCUGCCCUUCCCGUCUCAGUGGAAGGCUGCCCGGGCCUUGAUGUACAGACUGACCCAGACCUCCCUGCCAGCCCGGAGCCAAAGUCUCCCUCGCAGCCUUCCUCCGCUGCGGAUGAUGGUGCCAGGGAUCCUGUCCAGCUUCCAGGCCUGGGAGACGCGGAACCCUGUGGGCUGUGUCUGGCGGUGCCCUCCCCAUGCUCUCCGGGCCAGCAGGCUCCCGACGAGCCCCCCACCACCACGGACACGGAGAGCCCCCCAGAGCCCCCUGCCACCCUGCAGUGCGUGGAUGAGAGCGAGAGCAUCACUGCUCAACCAGAAGCCCAAUUAUCAGACAUGAUGGGUGAUGGCUCCCUUGAGCACGAGGAGGCUGUGCCCACCAGCACUGCCCUCCCUGAAACCUCGGGAGGAGAGACGGUGCAGAGUAGCAGCCCAGCGGGUGACAAAGAGCUUGUUGAAGAGGAAGCGCUGCCUGAUAUUGAUGGCUCAGACACUGCAGAGAAAGACUCUGUCUCUUCCAAGGACAGUCUAGACAAGAAGCGAAAGAAAGGCAGGAGAGUCCUCGUGGCAUCGGACCGGCGUCUCCGUAGCCAGCAAUCCCAGUCACCCAUAGGGGACAGUGCUGAGGAUGCUGGUUCUUCCAGCUCUGUGCAGCUUCCUUGCCUUCAGAUCAAAGUCUCCAAGAGCCCUGGUGCUAAGCGGUUCAAGAGGGAAGCGCAGGUGGAUGGGGCAGCAUCCACACAUUUCCCAAAUGACUGCUUCCCCAAUGUGCUGCUCAACACCAGCGAGGCGCCGGGCACGGGCCAGGCACCGGAGAGCAUCACUGAGCAGCAGUCAGGCGAGGAGAACGGUGUCACUACUAGACAAACCUAUAAAAGCAUCUUAGCAAAAGAGACUGUGGCAGAGGGAGAGGAUUCCUGUAAGGACGACCCCGCUGCCAAUGGCAGUCAAAGUCCAUCAGGCGAGAUGAAAGACGUCAGCGUCCAGGCUGAUUCUGAGACAAGAAGCAUUCUUCUCCCUCUGGAGAGCAGCACACCUGCAAAUGAUGCCGAGCAAGUGGAUGUGAAACCCAGUGAUGCCAGCACAAAGGAGGAGAGCUCUGAUAGUGCCAUGGACUUGGGCAAGCCAGAGAACUACCAGCCAGUGGCCAGUUCUCCGUGUCCCAGCAGCAGAGGUGGAAGCAAGCACCUUCCAGCAAAGGCUGCAAAGCAUAAAAAGGCCGCCCUGCAGUUUUAUAACUUACGACACACACCCACACCCGUAGAUGCUGCGAAAAAGAACACACCAGGGAAGGAGUCUAUGCAAGCCAUCCCGAAACCCAGGGAUGAAAGCAGUUCAGGGAACGACGACUGCCUGGCGUUGGAGGACACAGACAUGGCUGACAGCAAACCAAAGUUCAUGGAGUGGUGUGCUGAAGAGGAGAACCAGGAGCUCAUCGCCGAGUUCAAUGCUCAGUACACGAAAGUUCAGAAGGGCUGGAUUCAACUGGAGAAGGAGGUGCAGCCGACCCCCAAGGUAAAGAACAAAGCCGACAAGCUGAAAGAGAUCUGGAAAAGCAAGAAAAGGACACGGAAAAGUAGAGGCUCGCUGGAAGUGCAGAAGCUUUCUCCUGUCCAGAUGCUGUUUAUGAAAGCCUUCAAGUUGUCCGACAUCUGCCAGUGGUUCCUGGAGACAACUGAAACCCGGUCUCUAGUGAUCGUGAAGAAACUCAACACCCGUCUCCCAGGGGAGAUCCCCCCCAUCAAAGUCCCCAUGCAGAAAUACUCCUCCUCCAGUCUCUACCCCAGCUCACUGCAAGCCGAACGUUUGAAAAAGCACCUCAAGAAGUUCGCUGCCACUACCCCGGCUCGGAAUAACCUGAAGAAUCAAAAGCUUUGGGCCAAAAUUCGGGAGAACGCUGAUAAAGCAGAGGCUGAAGAAGCCGCCGCUCCCAACCAGACGUGUCCCGCCAAGGCCAGCACCGAGGAGCCAAGUGAAGACAAAAGCAUCCAGCCUGCCCUCAGCUUGCCCACGCAGGCCAGCACCAGGAUCCUGCGCAAGUACUCCAACCUCCGGGGCAAGCUGCGAGCCCAGCAGCGCGUGGUGAAAGCGGAGAAGAAGAGCGAUGGCGCGGGGGAACAUCCGUCCCUGGAGAGCAAGCAGAGCCGGAAGAGCGUGUGCAUCAACCCGCUGAUGUCUCCGAAGCUGGCCUUGCAGAUCAAAGCAGACGCCUUUCCCGCUAAAUCUCCAUCAGUGGAUGGGACGGCGAAGGGACGGAAGGCGAAGGGUAGGUCCCAGGAGGACCCCUCGCCCAAAGCCGACCUCCAGCUCAGCAAGAAGAAGAGGACGUUGAAGGAGAGCGGGAGCACCCAGGAGCGGUCGGGCUCCUCCGCCAAGGACAAGCUGCCCGCCAAGAAGGCCAGUAAAAUAAAGCACUCGGAGGCCAGCGCGAAAGCUGCCGCCACCCGGAAGCAGGCGGUCGUGGAGAGGAGCAAUAAGCUGGCUAGAAAAAUGUCUUUGAAAGAGAAGAGAGCCCCGAAAAGGCAGCUGGAGAAGAUGCGGCUCCCUGUGCGGAAGGGCAAGGAGAACACGAGCAGAAGGGCCGUGCUACCCCCCGGGCACGAGGAGCUGGCCAAGUCCCCGAAGCAGAAGCCCCUGGGUGAGUCCUCCACGCGGUCGCAGAAGAUGGCCAACAAGAAGCCCAGCGGUGGGAAGACCCUGACGAGGUCCAUGAGGAAAAUGCAGGAGAGCAGCGGGUCACAGGGCAAGAGGAAGCUGAGGGCAAAAGUGGACUGUUCGCACAGCAAACGCUCGCGACUGGACCCGAAAUAGCGAAGAACCAGUAGCCAUGUACAAAACUGGUGUAUAGUAGUAACCCUUUACCAUGCAUUAACUAAAGCUGCUUUUAUAAGCUGUAGCAAGCCUUUAAAAAUCCGCAGUUAAAGGAUAACGCCCGUGAUUUUAGGCAUCGGCAGACGUGUCUCGGACAGAGAAGAGGUCGGGCUGUCUGGCUCUGCUGUUCAGAAGGAAGUUUCUGCAGUUUGAACGUUCCUUGGGGUUUUUUUUUAAAACUUGGAACCAGGCAGUUUUAGUUAAAAGUACAGUGCCUUAUUUAUCACUUUAAAAAUAAAACUAAGAAGCUCGUCUGUGUGAUUUGGAGGCUUGCGUUUUAUACUUGAGGCACAAGCACUUGUACUGUAGCAGAAAGAAAACCACCUUCGUGCACAUGAAGUAGCUUUCGGCAGCCUUUGGGUGCACGCAAACAUUUCCCUUUUCUUUCAGAGUCCCCCUUCUUGUCUGUCUUCUUAGUGGCAUUUAAAGCAAAACCAAAACCAUUUCCCAUCUCAGAGGGAGAGAAAGGCGAAUCUGUCCUGUGUGGGUUCGUUAGCAGCAGCUGCUGCUGUCCCGUCCUGUUGGCUGUGUCACGGUGUUCCUUAGCUACUGGUGUGCGUACUGCUGAUGGCUGCCCGGCUGCCCGGCUGCCCUGCUGCACGGCCCGUGGGCUCGGGACGUCCUGCUGUGGGGCUCUGGGCACCGGGCUGCCCCAGCCACUGCUGCCGGCCGCGCAUGCUGGGCUGGAUCCCGCUUUAUUUCUCACUGGUUUCGGGGGUGAAUCAGCCCCUGCUUUUAGACAGGCCUCCUUCUCCCAUUUUGCUACCCUCGUGGUGAUUUCUGUGGUCUCUGAUGGCAGCGCUGUUUCCGCAGCGCUUCGCAGAAGAGUGAGUCUCUCCCUCUUUGCAGGCUUGAGCUCCUCCUGAGAGUGCUCAGCAGCAGCGGAGCCCUCUCAGGUGGCCCUGCCACCCUGUGCUCUUGUGCCCGUCUUGCCUCGUGCCUUCCUAAGCCAGGAUUUGCAGUUGGAAUAAGGUUGAGAGAAGGGACUGAAUGAAGUUUCUUUUUUGGCUGUGAUUUGCAUUUCACCCUUUUCCUGUCGAGGUGCGGUCGGUUGGUCCUUGCUUGUGUCUGGUGCUGCGGAGCCUGAAAGCAGCCCAGCCUCUGCCCUGUCUGGAACAAGGCCUUCACAGGGUUCCUCUGCAAAGUUAGGCAGCACGUCUGGAAGGCAGCUGGGGGUCUGCAGUGCCAGAACGGGGUCAGGGUGCCGGGCACCUCUCAGAAAAGCCUGCUAGAACUGUGCAGAGCACGUGUCUGUGCUGGCUGUGCCAGGCCGGGGUGUCAGGUGCCUGGGCAGUGGGGAAACCACCUUCCUUAGCCAUUGCGUCUCCACGGCUUCAUGCUUGUGUUGCUGCACAAAGCCCGUUUGUCUGAAUGCCAGUGCAGACCUCCUCCCAUGCAGAAAGCAGCAGGACACUGCGUGGGCUUAGGGAUCCUCAGAGCCCCUUGUCCCUGCUCAGGGCACGGCUCCAGGGCAGCCCAUGCCUGAGAGACGUCUUGUCCUGGGGGCAAGGGCUGUCAAGGGCUCUGCUACAAGCAGAACUGCUUUUCACAGGUGGCAUUGAACCCCAGAUCCCAAAGUGGUGGACUGGGGGUGGUGAGCAGAUAAUUGGCUUUGAACCUUUUGUUGUACCCGUUUAGUAGAGAGGCUGGAAGGAGGCAUUUGAGACUCACACGCCCUUCACAGAGCACCUCUGGCUCUCCUGCAGGUAUUCCCUUCCCCCAGCGCUGACGCACACCAGGCUGCAGCACAUUUUUCUCUUACUAUGAAAUGGCUGAUUUAAAAAAAAAAAAAUCCUUCCCCUUUCUUUUGACUCAUGCUAGAAUAAGUUAACUCUCUGAACAGCUAGGAAUUGAUUCAAUCUAGUCUGUCAGUCCCUGUACAGAUUAAUAUGAAGUUAUCUAUUGCAUUAAUUUUUACUGCAUGCAUUAAAUAUGUCAAACAUUCCAUCAGAAAAGAUUUAAAAGCCUUUCAGGAGAGGUGUGAGCCAGGAGGGCACCAGUGGCAGUUAUAUGACUGAUCUGUACCUUUGUUACAGGUUGUUUUUCCUUCUUGCUUCUCCAUCCGUACUUCAGUCCUCUAACCCAUGGCUGGGGCAGCCUGUCUGAGGGAUACCCCUUCUUCCUCUGGGCCCAGUGUGCAUGGGAGCACCCUUCUUACCUCCAUUCCUUGUGCUGCUCUCCAGCAGCCAACCUCCUUUUCCCCAUCCUCCACAAUCCCUCUUUCUCCAUCCUUCACCAUUGCUCCUGAAGUUCUGGACUGUGUCUGCAGAGCUGUGUGGGGCACCACACACCAAGUGCUCUGUGGGGAUUGCCCUCUUUCUUGCUCCCCAGUUUUUUAGCCACUGGUAAAUGCAGGCUGCUCUGCUCUCCAUUUUCUGUGCUUCUGGGAAUGGGAUGAAAACCUUGACAAAGCAAGUGGAGAGAGGCUUUCUGUAUGAGUUGCUGCUGCUCCAGCCUCUUGGCUGCCUUCCUGUGCUCUGGGGCUCCACCAGCACCAGCUGACUCGAUGUGGCAUGGGUGGGAGAUAGUGGGCAUCACACUGGUGUGGCAGUGGAGCAGCAUCUGGGUGUCCAUCCCAAUUCAGUGUGCGCUGCUUGACUUAGCUGGUGGUGGGAUCAGGCCCCAAGGUUCCCCACAGUGUCCCUGCCAGGUGUCAGGAAAAGCCAGGGCUCAUCAUGGGGAGAAAUCAGAAACACUGAAAGGUCAACCAUAUUCUUCCAAGGCUUGGUCUGUAGUUUUCUGUCAUAUGUGCUGGAUGGAGAUUUCCUAUGCAAAGACAAAGCCCUGUCAGCAGAUGCUGGAGGAGUUGCAGGGCUCUGGAAAGAAGUGAGCUGGCCUUGGCCAUGCUGGGAAGUGUGCAGGCAAUGUGGCCUGAGGUCCAAAACACUUGCAGCUUGUCCCAGGCUCUGAUCUCCUUCAGUCAGCAUCUCUCUCCCUGCCCAGAGGGAUGCUAGGGGUGUUCAGCAAGCCCUGGCUUUCCCACGUUAGAUCCAGCAUGUCCUGGGCAAAAAGUAAUGCUCAAGAAAUCUGCAAAGAGCCUCUAAGGGGAGCUGGGCUGUGCCUCCUAGGUAUGAGUCUGAAUUUCUGCACCCUUUAAUGAGGAAAGGUAGAAGAGGUGUUUUGUGUCAGGAUAGGACUUAAAUAAGUGUUCUGGGCUGGGCUGUCAAUUGUUAUUCCUGUCUUCAGAAAGCAAAUGAAGAGAAAGCAAAUACUCUUCUUUGAAAAAAAACCCAGAAUUAUUUGCUUUCUCUUAAUUUCUCUUAACCAUUCUUAAAUACAAUUUCCCAGCCUGCUGCCUGGGGCCAGCCCAGGCCAGACAUGUGCCACGUGUCCCUCUGGGCACCAGGCUCAGAUUGGCAGAUGGUGGAGCAGCACCUUGGGCAUCUGUAGGGACAGGGAGCAGGAGGUUUGCAGGAGGGGCAAGCCAGACAGUCCUGGGGGAUGAGAUGGUCUGGGGUCUUGUCAGCAGAGACCCUCUGGCUCCCUGCUCUGCUGUCCUCAGGGCUGGACCCUGGCACCAUGGCCUCUGCAUGGCUCUCCCGAGCCUGACACAUAAGCCCAGCUCAGAGCUGCUCUGCCCCCUGGCACCUCCUUUCCUCCAAUUUAAAAAGCAUGAUUUUGAGGAAAAACAGAGUGAUUCUUCUCUGCAUGGAGCUGGCAGGAAUGUUUCCUCCUGGACCUGCUGCGUGGGGCAGUGGGUUCUGCUCGUGCAGGUAGUUUUUACAGAGUGGGCUUGUUUGCCAAGGGAUAGGUAGAGUGAAGCCAUUGCCUGUGUCUGAGUUGUUGCAGCAAGCACUUGGGGCAAGACCUCUCCAGCCCACCGCCAUGUGGGACUAUUGGUGCUUUAGUACAAGUUCUCUGAAUUACAGGUCUGUGCAAUCCUGUGGGUUACCCCAGGGGAGGAUGCCCCAGGAGUGGUCGUUGUCUCUGGAAGAGGAUUAAGGCUUUCAGCCCCUUGCAAGGCUCCUUUCCUUGCUGUCACUGCUCUGUGAGAUGCUGUCUUUGAGCACAGGCCUCUCCUGUGUGAGUUCUCCCAUUGAGACCACUAGUAGCUGCCAGGUCCUACAGGACCUGCUCUUCAUGUGCUUUGCCCUUGCUUCUGCGAGUCAUUUCUUUUGGGGCAGCGAGGAGGAAUGCUAUAAUUUGCUAGAAAAUUAAAUGCCAAUUUAACUUGCUAGCAAAUUAAAAGGUCUGCAUGCUAGGUGACUGCCUGGCAGAGUGGCACUGCCCAGGUAGCUCCAUUUUCAGUGCUCUGAUGUUUGAAUUGUUUCUCCUUUCCUUUUUCCAGCCAUCCCUCGCAUUGGCAUUACCCUUCCCGGCUUCCUUCCCAAUUUCCUCUGUCCACACAGCCACGGUUCAGCUAGAACAGUGCACAAGAGACACAAGGAUAAGUGGUGGUAAUAGCACAAACAUAACCUGUUGCUCUCCGUUAAUGGCCUGGGCCAUGCACUGCUGGUCUCCGUGUGCUCUGUGGCUUGGCGCGCUGCCGCAGCACGGCCCCUGCCUUGGGGCAGCCUGUAGUGUGAGGUGUGCAGGGGAGCUGUGGAUGAGCUUAAUGGAUGGAAGGGAAUAAGCUGCACGGUUUAUCACCUUAUUCCACACAGUCAUGGAGCGGGUUUCCUUUGCUAGGGUGAGAGCUGCCCACUGGCACGACCACAGUGCCAUCCUCAGCUCUGCAGCCUCAUUGCGCUCCUUCUCCGCCACUCUGCAGCUGCUCUGCUCCAGAUUUCAGCGCAAGUGCUGUGUCCUACAAAACAGCCCUCUCCUCUCUCUCCCUCUCUGUCACUUUGGCUUCCUUGCUGAUCACUUUCUCAUCCUAAUCUUGAAACCAUUCUCCAUCCCCACUCCCUGGUCCCUGUAGCAGGAGCAACAUUGUCUUAGCUCUGUGCCUCCACAGAUGUCUUUGCUGUCCCUCUACUACCAGCCUCCCACCCCUCACCUUUUCCUCCUCACCUUGUCAUCGGCAACUCUGGGUUUUCACGUCUCACAUAGUCAGGAGCUCACCAUCUUAUCUAAUCUCUGGGAGGGGCUGGGUUUGCCGAGGAGCUCAGAGGCAAGGUUUCUCUUGGCAGAGGGUGUUGAGAGCUGCAGCAAGAACAGCUUGAGCCCAGGAUGGCUCCUUCUAUCUGUAGCUGUUGGGGCUCUGUCUAGCAGUGCUUGCCCUGGUGUGGGUUUCUCUGCUGAUGGGUAUGUGUGGUGUAUCCAGGGUGGGCACAUGUUUAUAGUCAUCCCUAGCGCAGUCCUUUCUGCUCGCGUUUGCUGUGUGCAGUGAUGUUUCUGUGCUCGGUUGCCAACAUGUCAGUGAGAUGUAUGUGCAGCAAACUUUCUCCAAAGAGCUCUUUAGCCAGCACUGAUGCUUUCAGCAAACUUUCUGCUGCAUUACUGAUGACCCUCCCUGAGCUGGGAGAGUGGGAUGGGCUCGUCCCUGCUGCUCUCGCCAUCCCUGUCCCCUCCGGUGUUGUGGGACCUGCAUGGCACUGGCCCUUGCAGGCUGAUGAGCUGCCCCAACUCUUUUUUGCAGUCAUGCAGAUGAGGGGAGCUGAAGCCCAGCCACAUCCCAACCGCCUGCAUGGCACCUCUGGGAGUGCUGGUGUUGGCCAAGGCUCUGCCCUCUGUAAGCUGCCAGGAAGCAGAGCAGCGAUCUCAGAAGGACGCGGUACUCCGCUGCCCUGCCUUUAAGACUUGCUGAUGGACAGUUUCUCUUUCCAGCUCCUAGUCUUUCAGCCUGACACCUGCAUUACCAGCUGAAGGCCAUUGGGAAGGCUGUGGUUCCUGGCCUCCCAUGGGCACAGGCAGUGCGUGGGGCAGCGGGGAGGUGCUGGCUGCCACCCAGCUUAGGAGUCUCGCCUUUCCCCCGCUGGUGGUCAUGCCGGAGGAAGAGGCCUUAGCCCCAGCCAAGGUGUCCCCAGGUCCUGGAGAGCCUGGGAAGACGGUGGGGGCAGACUUCCCUCUGCCAGGGAACUCCACUGCAGCUUUCCUUGUAGCAGUAGCUUUCUGAGCAACCCACGAGGCUACGAUGUCCCCACAUGGCGCGCGUCCCCCCUCCCGUGUACCGUAGCGUCCGUUCGGCCCAUCCUUUAGCUUGGUGGUUGUGAAAUGAAUCCAUCUGUUCUAAGAUGUUCUCAGGAGUUCUUGUUUGUAUUAAGCUCACCCCUAGGCUUAGCAGAAGUCACGGUCCCCAUCCUUCCUCCUCCCCUCCCCACGGACAAGCCCCCUCUUUCACGAGCACUUCCACCCCCUCCCCGAAGGGCAGCGGGGUGGGGAGGCAGCUGGAGGUUUUGAUUCAGGGCACGUUGGCAGCUUGGGGGCAGCCGGAGGAGCCGGGGGCAGGCGGCCGGGGGUCGUGCCGCGGGGCCGGGGGCCGGGCAGCCCCUCGGGCUGCGUUGCUAGCCAAUGUUUUCUAAGUCUGUUUGUAAGAGUACCUAAUUUUAAAAUGAAAUGUGAAUAUAUAUUAUGUGUAGGUGCCAUGUAAGAUAGUGUUGUGCUAGGCGGCAGGAUGCUAACCUACUUUUUAAGCUUUUCUGGGGGGGAGGCGGGGCAGGAAAAAGCAUUUUUCUCUCACUUCAUGCUCACAGAUGGAAUAUUGUAAAUAGGGGGUUUUUAAAAAUAUUUAUUUCAUGGGCUUUUCCCAGGUUCUUGCUCGGCCUGGUGUGUCGGUUGGUGGGGCUGCA